GCCGAUAUAUCUCUAAUCGCUUUCCACACAGCCGAUUAUAGUGCAGAUGCAAUGGCCGUUCUUCCAGUAGAAGACCUAAACACUGAGUAUUUUAUUUUUACCUCAAGUUUAGGGGAAGCAAAUCAGUUCGCAGUGGCCAAUGGUAUAUACCCCACUGUUCUAGUGACUGUCACAGUCUCAGGAUCCAUCACAUACAAUGGGGUACAGUAUGGGAACGGCUCGGCUUUCUCAUUCAGCCUUGGGUACCAGCAGGUCAUUCAGCUACAAAGUCCCACUGACAUAACAGGCACGAGAGUGGUGGCCACGGCCCCAGUGGCAGUGUUCAGUGGUAACAAGUGUUUUACUGGUAUUAACACUGCCUGUGAUGUCCUGCUUGAGCAGAUGCACCCUGUAAGGAAUUGGGGGACAUUCUUUCCUGUGUUCCCAUUGGCCACUCAUACCAACGAUAUCAUUGAUGUGAUGGCAGCAAAUCCAGAUACAAUAGUCAUUGUUGUAACUUCCCAACAAAGCACCCAGUACCACCUACAGCCGGGAUCCCACGAGCGACUUACCUUAGACAGAGCAGCUCUGGUGCAGUCCUCAGAACCUGUCAUGAUCUCAUACCUCUUCCAAUAUCAGAAAAAUGGCCAAUACGACCCUUUUGUCACUUCUGUUCCACCAGUUCCAAAUACAAGGAAAUAUUACAAAUUUGUUACACAGUCUUUCUAUGAUAACGUCCUAUUGGUUGUAUCCCAGGCAGCUUCUCCCUCUGAGUUCUACUUGGACCAUCAGCCACUUAGUAGCUUUCCCUUAAACCAUAUGGAGAUAAAUGGAUUCAGAGCCUGGGAAGCCUCUCUGGGGAAAAUCGAUGGACAACAUGAAAUAUAUCACAGUUCUUCUCCAUUCACUAUCUAUGUUUAUGGGCUAGGGACAUAUAUUUCAUAUGGAUAUUCAAUGGGCCAAGAAACAACAUAUCCAGGUCCAUCUAUAACAGGUCCUACAGAAGAGCCGGAGAGAUUAACAAGUCCUACAGAAGAGCCGGAGAGAUUAACAAAUCCUACAGAAGAGCCAGAGACAUUAACAAAUCCUACAGAAGAGCCGGAGAGAUCAACAAGUCCUACAGAAGAGCCGGAGAGAUCAACAAGUCCUACAGAAGAGCCGGAGAGAUUAACAAGUCCUACAGAAGAGCCGGAGAGAUUAACAAGUCCUACAGAAGAGCCGGAGAGAUCAACAAGUCCUACAGAAGAGCCGGAGAGAUCAACAAGUCCUACAGAAGAGCCGGAGAGAUUAACAAGUCCUACAGAAGAGCCGGAGAGAUCAACAAGUCCUACAGAAGAGCCGGAGAGUCCCCAAGAGUUGCACUGUUUCUCUGAUGGAGCCGAGUUCCACCUUCCUCUCAGAUUAGUGGCUGAAGCCAAAUUAAAUGUGUCGGACGUCCAUCUCCAAGACCCCCAGUGCCUGGGGCUGCAAGAGGGGAACACAAUCAUCAUUAACAUCCCAUUCAACAGAUGUGGGUCCAACGUUCAUAUUAAGGAUGGAAAGACAGUCUAUACAAACACCAUCUAUGGAACAGUCCCAGGGACCAGUAUCCACCGCAUUGAAGUCCCAGUGAAGUGUGAAAUGGACAUGAACGAGACCCUGGGUUUGAGCUUUCACCCCAAAGUUACUGAUGUGGUUUCCCAAAGUCACUAUAAUGUGUCAAUGAGAUUCUACCAGACUGACGAGUUCACCGACCUGAUUACAACGUUCCCCCAUGAGGUUGAUCUCCAUGGCAGUCUCCAUUUGCAGCUGAAAGUAGAGUCCGAUGAUACCAACCUACAGAUACUGGUGGAACAGUGUAAGGCUUCCCCUUCAUUAGAGGAGAGAGAGAAGGGUUACAGCAUCAUCCAGCAUGGGUGCCCCCUGGACUCAACCCUACAGAACCACCCGGUGCCGGAUCAGAGGAUGAAACAAUACAGUUUCCAUGUAUUUAAAUUCAAUCCAUUCCAGGAGGUCUAUCUGUUCUGCAACGUUAUCAUCUGCCACAAUCAGACUGCCCCAAACCGCUGCACCCAAGGCUGUAUCACCCGCAGAUACCGACGCGAUGUCUCCAAUGCAAAGCUGGGCUCUGCCCAAUUAUCCCAGGGGCCCAUUGUGCUUAAAUCUGGGGCCCAACUCCCUAACAGCCAGGCUGGGGGCUCAGUCCCUUCAAUGGUGUUGGUGGCCGUGAUCAUGGCUAUGGCCUUCCUCUCAGUGAUGGGGCUGAUGAUUCAGAGGCGUUACUACAGGAGGCCAGGAGACUCCCAGCCACUAAUAAGCAGCUACUGAGUCACAUGGACAAGAUAUCGGCCAAUGAAAGACUCUGAGUCUGGAAAACUGAUUUAUAUUGCGCUGCAUUUAUUCCUGUUUUGUACAAUAAAUGUUUGUUAUAUAUCAUA